AUGGUUCAUCACAAAGUUACAAUCAUUGGCUCAGGUCCAGCUGCUCACACCGCAGCAAUCUACCUUACUCGUGCUGAGAUCAAGACAACCUUGUACGAAGGUAUGUUGGCAAAUGGUGUUGCUGCUGGUGGUCAAUUAACUACUACAACCGAUAUUGAAAACUUCCCAGGUUUCCCUCAAGGUAUCAGCGGUACCACAUUGAUGGAACGAAUGAGAGAACAAAGUGAGAGAUUCGGUACCGAGAUUAUCACUGAAACCAUUUCCAAAUGUGACUUGUCGCAAAGACCAUUUAAAUUGUGGACUGAAUUCAACGAAGACGAAGAACCAAUCACCACUGAUGCUAUCGUUAUUGCAACAGGUGCUUCAGCAAAGAGAAUGCAUUUGCCCGGUGAAGACAAAUACUGGCAACAAGGUAUCUCUGCUUGUGCUGUGUGCGAUGGUGCAGUACCCAUUUUCAGAAACAAUCCAUUGGCAGUUGUUGGUGGAGGUGACUCUGCAUGUGAAGAAGCCUUGUUUUUGACAAAGUAUGCUUCAAAAGUUUAUCUUUUGGUGAGACGUGAUCAGUUAAGAGCAUCAAGCAUCAUGCAAAAGAGAGCCAUGAACAAUGAAAAAUUGGAAAUCUUGUGGAACACAGAGGCCAAGGAAGCUCUUGGUGAUGGUAAUCUCUUACAAGCUUUGAAAAUCUACAACAACAAGACCAAAGAAGAAUCCGAGUUGAAGGUCAAUGGUCUCUUUUACGCUAUUGGCCACAUUCCAGCAACACAAAUUUUUGCCAACCAAUUAAAGAUGGACGAUGAUGGUUACAUUCAAACCAAGCCAGGUACUGCACAAACCUCGGUUGCCGGUGUCUUUGCUGCUGGUGAUGUCCAGGACAAGAUCUAUAGACAAGCCAUCACCUCUGCAGGAACCGGUUGUAUGGCUGCUUUGGAAUGUGAAAAGUUUAUUGCGGAACAAGAAGAUUAA